AUGACAAGACGAGGUUCCCUCAGUAGCACAAGCAGCCCUCCAUCGUACAAGAAGCAUGCUACGUCGCCUUCGUGGAGAAAGCCCAGGGCUGGCCCGAAAGAUGUAGACUGGACCGACGUGAACGAUCCCGAGGAGAGGCGGCGGAUCCAAAAUAGGAUUGCUCAGCGCAAGUUUCGCGAGAAAGCGCGAGAAAACAAGGAAAAAGCAGAAAGGGAGCUCCGGAACCAAGAACAUGCCGGAAACAGCUACCGAAUCCCCUCGCCCACGGAUUUUACUCUGGAUACCGAGUCGUCAGGGCUUCCUUGGGGAAGCAUCAACUGGGGUGUGGUCAUCUCAAGAGGACACGAAAUACAGAGCCAGCGAAGCAGUGGUCGCGGUACCUACGUCGGAGACGAACACUAUCAAGCAGCACAGUUGACCGCGCAUGGCGGCGGCCUGCAACAGGCAUGGAGCUAUGGCAGCAGCAGUGGCGAGGAAGCCUAUUAUGAUGAAGCGAGCUAUUUAUAUGACCCUGCAGGCCUUCGGGCUUACACAGGGGUGAUGCGCUGA